UGCUUGUCACAGCUGACCAGUGGAUGAGAAAGCACUGCCUUCCCGCUGUGCUACAGCAACCCAACCUCCCUGAUUUCGCAGAAGCGGAUGUCUGACCAUCCUGUAGGCAUGGCUCACUUGAGGGAAUUUGCCAGCCAGCACUCUAGGGUGGACCCUGAGGAGCUGUUCACCAAGCUGGAACGGAUCGGCAAAGGAUCCUUUGGCGAAGUGUAUAAAGGGAUAGACAACCGCACCAAGGAAGUGGUUGCCAUCAAGAUCAUUGAUCUGGAGGAGGCCGAGGAUGAAAUUGAGGACAUUCAUUUGGGGGCGGGACGGGGCUCUGUAUGGGUGCUACAGCUGACAGUGCUAAAGCCUGGACCCCUGGAAGAGACUUAUAUAGCUACUAUCCUGAGGGAAAUUCUAAAGGGCUUGGACUAUCUACACUCUGAGAGGAAGAUCCACAGGGACAUCAAAGCUGCCAACGUACUGCUUUCGGAACAAGGGGAUGUGAAACUGGCUGACUUUGGGGUGGCUGGACAGUUGACAGACACCCAGAUCAAGAGAAACACCUUUGUUGGGACUCCGUUCUGGAUGGCGCCAGAGGUCAUCAAACAAUCUGCUUAUGACUUCAAGGCAGAUAUCUGGUCCCUUGGAAUUACAGCCAUUGAACUAGCAAAGGGAGAGCCCCCGAAUUCUGAUUUGCAUCCUAUGAGGGUUCUCUUCCUGAUCCCCAAAAAUAACCCUCCGACACUUGAGGGACACCACAGCAAGCCCUUCAAGGAGUUUGUGGAAGCCUGCCUCAAUAAGGAUCCUAGAUUUAGGCCGACAGCUAAAGAGUUGCUAAAGCACAAGUUCAUCACACGCUACACCAAGAAAACCUCAUUCCUAAUGGAGCUGAUUGACCGAUUCAAGCGCUGGAAGUCAGAGGGCCACGGAGAGGAUUCCAGUUCUGGUGAUUCUGACAUUGAUGGAGACACAGAAGAUGGAGACCAGGGUCCAAUCUGGACAUUCCCACCAACUAUUCGUCCCAACUCCUUGGGCAAACUGCACAAAGGAAUGGCUCUUCAUGGUUCCCAGAAGCCUACUGAGCCCAUCAAGAGGCAACCACGGUCACAGUGUCUCUCCACGCUUGUUCACCCGGUCUUUGGGGAGCUUAAAGACAAGCACAAGCAGACUGGAGGCAACGUGGGAGCUAUGGAGGAGCUGGAAAACGCCUUCAGCUUGGCUGAGGAGUCCUGCCCAGGCAUCUCUGACAAACUGAUAGCACACAUGGUGGAGCGGGUACAAAGGUUUUCACACAGUCGGAACCACCUGACUUCUGCCCGCUGACACAUACGUUCCCUGCUGCUGUUUUGAGGAGGGAGAAGGAUUUUUGUUCCGGCUUCAUAAGAACUACAUAAGAACCCAGACCACCAUCUGCUGUUGGAUGUAACAUUGUGUUACGGACUCCAGGACAUUUCAGAGCCUUCAUAUACACGUGUUUCCAUGAUAACCCAGGGUGGGGUUUGCAAUGCAAGUACAAUUUAGACCUUUUGCAGAGCCCAAGAUGGGCGGUCUAAUUGUUUUUACAAUGUACUCAAUGCAGUUUUUAAUUGUUUCCCUAUGGAUGUAUCCAUUCUGGCUUGGUUUGAUUCACAGCUUAUUAUAGGUAAAUGCCUGGCUGCUGGACAAGAGGGAGUCUCUUCUAUUCAGAUACGUUUCAAAGGCAAGUCUGAUGGGUUUAGCCUUCUGCCCUUCCCAAAGAAGUAUUUGUGAGCAGUAAUGUGCAAGUGAGGUAUGUUUGCAAGCUCUCCACGCACUACAGCCUCUGGGAAAGUUAGAGCAGCGCUCUAUUUGUUCGGGAGGAUCGGUUCAACUCCUUCACACACUAGCAAAGAAAAGUUUUCAACUCUAGCAGCAGUUAAGAUAAAAUGCGUAGUUUGCUGCUGGUCUCUCCUAGCUUGUCAUUUCACAGGAGGAUGGGUUUGCUGACUGUGCUUCCUUUUUGGCUUUGGGACAUCAUUUUGGAUUAGGCCUUGGUUCAUCUCAUUCAGGCUACAGCAACGCUUGCCUUGGGUCAAGGCACAGUGGUCGUGUUUUGGGUUGAAAGGGCUGGGGAGCAGAUAGGGUUCCUUUCCUUGUUGCUUACUGCAGCUGGAGUGACCAGAUAUGUGGCUUUUGGCAGCCCUAGGCGCUAAGCUGAGUAGACAGCCCACUGUGUUUGCCCAAAUGUUGCAGGAGGGUUUUAAAAAAGGGGGGGCUGGGGAAUAAGGCAACCAAAGGCACUAACAAGGCUUCAGUUCUUCAAAAGGCAAGUCUACGUUUCGUAGCGGUUUUUGAGGCAAAAAAAGCCCUGUCCUCUACAGGAAGAUAAAUCAGAUGGCGAACAGCAAUGGUGUCCGUGUGUUGUGGUUUGGGAUGCAAAACCACACUGCCCCCCGCCCCUGUCCCCUUCCUCUCGGCGUCCCCUUACUGGCUCUUCUCUCAGUUUGGGAGCUAAAUUCACUGAAGCCAGGGCUUUGCUCCAGUUGACAAGGUGCGUUGCUGCUUGCUAGCAGAGAGAUUAAAGCAUCUUCUGAUGUGUUGCCUGCUUACGGUAUUCCAGUGGAGCCAUCCCAACUAGCUUUGCUUUCUGUAGAGUACUAGUUUACCAAGCAAAUCUUUAAUUCAGGUUAAUGUACAGAUCUUAAAGCUAUACGUUAAAGGUCUAGAAAAACAGAUGUAGGAUCAUAACUUCUGACAGUGAGUUGCUUAGAGACCUCUCUAACUGUAACGCUAUUAGCAUUAAGUCAGCAAGAUUUUAGACACCCCCGAACCGUCUGUCUGGGUGUUUGUGAAUGAUGCGGCUCACUCGAAAGCCGCUGAGAACAAAAGCUGUAGCUGUUCAGCAUUUUUUUUUUUUUUAAAAGAUAGGCCACUUUGUUAGAGAACAAGGUUUGGGUGUGUUUUGUUUUGUUUUGAUUUUUUUUUGGUACUUGGAGUCAGACCUGCAGGUUGUAAGCGUUGGGCUCAAAGGGGGCAGAUGUUCCCCGUCCCAGCGUACUACGUUCACUUUAGCUUACGGCUACCCUUUACCCUUCCUCUGCGAUGUAUAACUACAGGCUCAGCAAACACUAUGAACUUGUCUGGUAGCGAGUAGGUGCUGCUCUUUCAUCUGGCUGGAGAUCAGUUGUGGCGUGGUGUUUCUCAGGGUAGCGUGAGCGCUAUCGGAGCCUGUAUUCAUGCAAAAAAAAAAAAAAAAAAACAGAACCACCCUGUUGUUUUUUUCCCCCAGGAGAAGGAGUUGGUGUAGAGCUAGGACGCUUACUGAGGUGGAAGGCAGAGGCUGCAGUCUAGCAGAAAGGCAGCGGAAAGGCUCCUGCUGCUUUUAAAGUUGUUGUUCAUGACGGUAGCAAAUUGUGUCAAUAAGGUACCUUGUAUUAUUCACAUGCACUGCAGUGUAGUGAGUAAAGUUUUUAAAGGAAACAAUCCCCACGACCUUCCUUCAGUAUUCAACGCAACAAUGGUUUUAGUUUUUAAAAACAUUGAAAGGGAUCUGCCACUUUCAAUAAAGUAACAAAUCAAGUGA